ACAAAGAUUAACUUUAAUGUCAUGUGGAGUGCUCUUAUUUGCAUGUAAAUAUCGAAUUAACACGUUUUGUACUUUGUUAAAAAUUUAUUUUUUGAAUGUCACUUAAAUUAACUAACUAUAAUUUAAGUUUUCAUUUGUGGAUUACCAUAUUAAACCCAAAUAAAAUGCUAUAAAAUCGGCAUUACCUAAAUCCGGAUCCGGCAUAAAUCAUUGUACUAAUUUUAGAUGGCAACGUUUAGUAUCAGCUGAUGACUAUAUAGUUACUAAAAAAAGUUUUACAAUUUCAAGUGAUUAAAAUAAAUAAAAUGAUUUCAUUAAAGUCAAUUUAUAAUUUUGCAACAGCAACAGCGUUAUUUAAACAAAUGACAAGAAAUAAUGUGAAAUUUAAACCGAUUAUGAGGUUAAUGUCUACAGAGAAAAAGGUGAAACAAUCUGGAGGUUUGAAAAUUGGUCUUAUUGGAAUUACAGCUGGUGCAAUUGGUGGUACAGGAUAUUCGAUAUACAAAUUAAAUGAAGCUAGAGGACAUAUUAUCAAUGAAACAAUGUUGCAUCCUAUUUUGAAGGAUAUGCCCAAAAUUGAACCAUCAAGACGAGUAAAGUAUCCAAACGACACUUCUGGCUUAAAAUUAACAUUGUUUCAAUAUCAAACGUGCCCAUUUUGUUGUAAGGUACGAGCAUUUUUAGAUUAUCAUGGAAUUUCUUAUGAUGUGGUAGAAGUCGAUCCAGUUCUUCGACAAUCGAUUCGAUGGUCAGAAUAUAAAAAAGUACCUAUUUUAGUUGCAAGCUACGAUAAAGGUUACCAGCAAAUAAACGAUAGUUCGAUGAUAAUAUCAGCGUUAUCGUCAUUUUUAAUAGACAAUCAACAAACAUUGUCACAAGUUAUCAAUUUUUAUCCUAGUGUUUCGUUUAUUGAUGAUGAUGGCACAAAAAAAGUUGAAAUAAUGAAUCGCUAUUUCUUAAUGUUCCAAGGCACCGUACCUGCAAAUAGGACACCUGAAGACAUGGCAGAAGAAAGGAAAUGGAGAAAAUGGGCUGAUACAAAAUUAGUACACUCUUUAUCACCAAAUGUGUAUAGAACACCAACUGAAGCUUUACAAGCAUUCACAUGGUUUUCAGAUGUUGGUGAAUGGGAACGAUUAUUUCCUGCUUGGGAACGUGCAUUAAUUGUUUAUGUUGGAGCAUUUGCCAUGUGGAUAAUUGGGAAGCGAUUAAAAUCAAGGCACAAUUUAAAAGAUGAUGUUCGCAUAUCAUUAUACGAAGAUUGUGAUUUUUGGGUACGUUCCUUGAAGAAGAAAGGUACCACAUUUAUGGGUGGUUCAGAACCAAAUCUAGCCGAUUUAGCCGUAUUUGGUGUUUUAAAUAGUAUCGAAGGUUGUGAUGCAUUUCAAGAUGUUUUACGUAAUACUAAAAUUAAGAAUUGGUAUAAUAAAAUGCGUGAAAAGGUUACGUCACACCAAAGUCAUACUUUAAAUAAUGCUUAGUUUA